AUGUCCGUCUCACGCAGGAUCGUAUUAACCAACGCCGCACGCCAAUACCUCACCCGCUCGUGCACGACCAGAUCAUCCACCUGGAGAACAGCAACACCGAUUGCCUCCUCAUUUAUCUCCCAACAACAACGAUCCUUCACUCACCAGCAAUCUUCCCGCCAGGCCACCCACAGCGAUGACCCUUCGCAUUCUCCCACCGUCACCACCACCACCAAAAGCAAUGACACUCAACUAUCAACACAAUUCGACCCCCCUCGUCAAAUCUCUAAGAUCCUCACCCACUACUGCCGCGAACCGCAACUCGUAAUGAUCGAAGAUUACGGGAUCCUUCAGGGCGAGAUGGAUCAGAGUCGGUUGUUGACAAAGUAUCUCAAUAUCCCCUUUGCCAAGGUCCAAAACCGGUUCCGGGAGGCAGUUGCACCUGAGCCAUGGAAGGGAAUCCGCGAUGCGACACUUUACGGACCCAUGUGCCCACAAAACUCACAAGAAUCCAACAACCUGUCGACCUUGAUGCUGGGCCUGCCAGGGCCAGGAUUCGAGUACUCGGAACACGACUGCCUGAACCUGAACGUCUUUGCGCCUCGGUGCAUCGUCGGUCAUGUCCCCGUUAUCUGCUACAUUCAUGGUGGAUUGAGUCAAGGCGGGAUUGCUCUUCCCAAGCAUGAUGCAACGAAUAUUGUGAAAAAGUCGGUCGCGAGGGGUCUUCCCGUCAUUGUGGUGACAAUCAAUUACCGCCUUCUCCCGUCCGCGGGUCUUCUAAAGGGGCCUGCAGAAAAACAAGGAGUGAAGGACGGGAAGCAGUCGAAGGAUGGCAAUGAGGAGGAGGAGGAGGAGGGCGCGUCAUUCAACUGGAGCCUGUAUGACCAAAAGGUUGCGCUGGAAUGGAUCCAGAAGAACAUCCACAACUUUGGGGGUAACCCGAACGAGAUUACGCUGAUGGGGCAUUCUAGUGGGGCGUCUUCAGCAGGAUACCAUAUGCUCACGACUGCGACGAGGGGACAACAGGGAAAGGAUGGAAAGAAGAGGCUGUUCAAGCGGGCGAUUAUGCAUUCAGGGGCACGAGAGGGGUCUUUGCAGCAUAUGGAGAACACUCAUCGAUUGGACUCGCUUAUCGGAGAUAUGGUUCCUAUCGGAUCAUCAUCGCCAUCAUCAUUGACCUCGUCGUCAGCGGCUAUGGCUAUAGGUAGUGUUCCUAAACAGGAAAACAAGGACGACCAGCAGCAAUCGACGUUCACGUUCAUGUCGGAUGCAUGCCUACCCUUCAUGGACGAGAAUGAAAAGCAGGCUGGAUGGCGCGUUGUUGACAAGUGGAUUGAUUUUGCCUGGGGUCAAGAGGGUGCCUCUACCAGCGACAGUGUCCGUUCGUAG